AGCUGACUGAAAACAGUCUCCCAAUUCCAGAGAGAGUCUUCACCCGAGAGGACGUUCACCGUAGAGCAGCCUGCAGCACACACACACUCUCUCUCUCUCACACAGACACACACACACACACAGCGUGCAACAAGCUCAUUUUACGCGUAAAAAAUCCAAGGCAUUGUUCGGCAACGUUGCGUAAGAGAAACUGAUAUUAAGCAGGGCGGCUGCAGAUCUGCACUGGGACUUUACUCGAAGGGAGAAAAAAGACAAGAAGAAGGAAAAAAGAAAAUAUUUCUGCUCGUCUGCAGUUUGGAAAAAGAACAAAAAUGUCUAAACCUGAUUUCUCCGGAACGUUUAAUAUGGUGGAGCAGACUAACAUGGACUCCUACCUCGGAGCAUUAGAUAUUAAUUUCGCCCUGAGGAAGAUAGUGUGCCUGUUGAGUCCCAGCAAAGAGAUCACCCACAACCUGGCCAGCGGGGACAUGAGGAUCCGGACCCUCACCACCUUCAAGAACUUCAUCAUGGAGUUCACCAUCGGGAAAGAGUUCACUGAAGACCUGGGACCAGUGGACGGCCGUACCUGUCAGACUACCGUGAGCUGGGAGGGAGACAACCUGCUCUGUGUACAGAAAGGAGAGAAAGAAGGACGAGGAUGGACACACUGGCUGGAGGGGGACAAGCUGCAUUUGGAGAUGAGAGUCGCAGGCAUCACUGCCAAGCAAGUCUUCAAGAAGGCUUAAUGAAGUAACGGCAACAAAAAUGUAUCGAAUGAAUUCUUAAUGAAAUAUAGAGACGGACUUGGAACAAGAUUUGAAUCAUGUUUAUUGUUUUUAACAUAAGAAUUAGCAUUAUGUGAAAAUACCGAUAUGUAAUCUUAAUUGUCUCUGUGUUGUGGUACUAACAGGAGCAGAAUGACUUGUGUAAACAUCCCCUACAUACUUCCUUAUAUUGCACCAUCUAUCUUCACAAUGCUAUAAACAAAUCAUACACAU